AGGAUUUACAAUCGGAAAUUGAAACACAUCGUGUGGUUUAUGAUCGUCUCGAUGGUACUGGACGUAAAUUGUUGGGUUCACUUACCUCACAAGAAGAUGCGGUUAUGCUCCAACGGCGUCUGGAUGAAAUGAAUCAACGUUGGAAUAAUUUGAAAUCGAAAAGUAUUGCCAUAAGAAACCGCCUCGAAAACAAUUCAGAACACUGGAAUGCUUUGCUGUUGACCCUACGCGAACUUACCGAAUGGGUCAUACGCAAGGACACUGAAUUGUCCACCUUGGGCAUGGGUCCUGUACGUGGUGAUGCUGCCAGCCUACAAAAACAAUUGGACGAUCAUAAAGCUUUUCGCCGUCAAUUGGAGGAUAAACGUCCAAUUGUCGAAAGUACUUUGCUGAGUGGCCGUCAAUAUAUUGCCAGUGAACCACCUGUAUCGGAUACCAGUGAUACUGAAGCAGCCCAUGAUACGGAUUCUCGUUAUUUAACUGCCGAAGAACAAAGCCGUGAACUGACACGCAGCAUUCGACGUGAAGUUGCUAAACUCUCAGAACAAUGGAAUAAUCUCAUUGAUAAAUCUGACAAUUGGAAACAUCGUUUAGAUGAAUAUAUGACGAAAAUGCGUCAAUUCCAAAAAGUCUUGGAAGACUUAAGUUCCCGCAUUGCUUCCGCAGAGGCGACCAAAAAUGCCUGGGUUGUCCCAGCCACCAGUGCCGAGGCCAGCGAACAAUUGCAACAUUUACAACGAUUACGUGAUAAGAUGACCACAGCGGGUGCUCUACUCGAUGACUGCAAUGAACAGCAAUCAUUCUUUACAGCUAAUCAGGUGCUGGUGCCAGCUAAUUGCCUCUCGAAAUUGGAAGAUUUGAAUACCAGAAUGAAAUUGCUGCACAUUGCCAUGGAUGAACGUCAAAAGGUUCUCCUGAAUGCUGGUGGCAAUCAAAAUAUCGAAAAUGGCGAAGAUGGUCGAUUGACAUCGAACAGUGGCACAAUUGGACCAAUACCAAAUCUGGGACAGAGUGUUAAUCCACCAUGGGAGAGAGCUACCACAGCUUCCAAUGUGCCUUAUUACAUAGACCACGAACGUGAAACCACCCACUGGGAUCAUCCCGAUAUGAUUGAGCUGAUGAAGAGUUUAGCUGAUCUUAACGAAAUCCGCUUCUCAGCCUAUCGUACUGCCAUGAAAUUGCGUUCGGUACAAAAAUCUCUAGCCUUGGAUCGUAUACCAAUGGCCACAGCCAUCGAAUCAUUCGAUCGUCAUGGCUUGAGGGCACAAAAUGAUAAAUUAAUCGAUAUACCCGAUAUGACAACUGUGCUGCAUUCGUUGUACGUCACAUUGGAUAAAAUCGAUUUAACGAAACUGUUGGAUUUAGCCAUAAAUUGGAUAUUGAAUGUUUAUGAUUCUCAGCGUACCGGGCAGAUAAGAGUGCUGAGUUUUAAGGUGGGCUUGGUCCUUUUGUGUCGUGGCCAUUUGGAGGAGAAAUAUCGUUAUCUAUUCCGUUUAAUUGCCGAUCCCGAACGUAAAAUAGAUCAACGCAAAUUGGGUUUGCUGUUGCAUGAUUGUAUUCAGGUACCUCGCCAAUUAGGUGAAGUAGCUGCUUUUGGCGGUUCAAACAUUGAACCAUCAGUACGUUCCUGCUUAGAGAGAGCUGGUAUUUCUCAAGAAGCAAUUGAUUCCAAUCAAGAACUUUCGAUUGAAUUACAUCACUUCCUGGCUUGGUUACAGCACGAACCACAAAGUUUAGUUUGGCUACCGGUAUUGCAUCGUUUGGCAGCUGCCGAAAGUGCUAAACAUCAGGCCAAAUGUAACAUAUGCAAAGAGUAUCCAAUUGUUGGCUUCCGUUAUCGUUGCCUUAAGUGCUUCAAUUUUGACAUGUGCCAAAAGUGUUUCUUCUUUGGACGUAAUGCCAAAAAUCAUAAACUAAGUCAUCCCAUGCAUGAAUACUGUACAACGACCACAUCGACAGAAGAUGUUCGAGAUUUCACUCGAGCCCUGAAGAACAAAUUCAAGUCACGCAAAUAUUUCAAGAAACAUCCUAGGGUAGGCUACUUGCCCGUUCAAAGUGUAUUGGAGGGCGAUGCCUUGGAAAGUCCAGCACCCAGUCCACAACACACCACCCACACGCUACAAAAUGAUAUGCACUCAAGACUGGAAAUGUAUGCCACUCGUUUGGCCCAAGUGGAAUAUGGUGGUGGUACUGGUUCCAAUUCCACCCCAGAUAGUGAUGAUGAACAUCAGCUAAUUGCUCAAUAUUGUAUGGCACUGCCAACAAAUAAUGGUGCUGCUCCCAAAUCUCCAGUGCAAGUUAUGGCCGCCAUGGAUGCUGAACAGAGAGAAGAAUUGGAGGCGAUUAUACGCGACCUCGAGGAGGAGAAUUCCAAUUUACAGGCUGAAUAUCAACAGCUGAUGACCAAACAACAGAGUACCACACCUGAUGAUGGCACCGGUAUGCAACAUUCCAACUCCUCGGUGGGUGGUCUAGCGGCAAGUGGCAACAACCAAGGAGAACAUGGACAGGACAUGAUGGCCGAAGCCAAAUUAUUGCGUCAACACAAAGGUCGCCUGGAGGCCCGCAUGCAAAUUCUCGAAGAUCACAAUCGCCAAUUGGAGGCCCAGCUGCAACGUCUACGCCAAUUGUUGGAUGAACCAAAUAAUGGUGGCAACGCCAGCACUCCCGGCUCUGCAUUGAAUUCCAAACCGAAUACCCUGCAAACACGUUCGGUAACCGCUUCACAAUUGAACACCGACUCACCGGCCAAGAUGAAUCAACAAAAUGGCCAUUAUGACCAGAACACAAAACAUAAUUAAAUUUCCAUAUAAGAGGAAAUUUAUUAUAACGAUGAUAAAAAU